GUCAGGCUCGCACUGUUACCGGUUGUUCCCGAUCUGGAUGAAUAUCGUCUGCUUUAUCAUUUUACCAUAGCGCAGACCAAGCGGGGAAAUAGUCGAGGAAAAGGUUUUAUAUUAAGGAUAUUGCACUGAUUCAGCAUAUCUAUGCCAAUUUGGUUCCCUCUCAGCAAGUAUCUUUGCAAGCACGCGUGGUCCCAGAGGUGCACUGCCUGUCCAUCAAGGCCAUGGGGAAGGAUUACUACAAGAUCCUGGGGAUCCCGUCUGGCUCCAACGAGGAUGAGAUCAAAAAGGCCUACAGAAAGAUGGCCCUCAAGUUCCACCCGGACAAAAACAAGGAGGCCAACGCUGAGGAAAAGUUCAAGGAAAUUGCGGAGGCCUAUGAGGUGCUGAGCGACCCAAAAAAGAGGACAAUCUACGACCAGUAUGGAGAGGAUGGCCUCAAAGCUGGAGGAGGAGGAUCAGCUGGAGGGCAGGGGAACACCUAUCACUACACUUUUCAUGGGGACCCCCAUGCAACAUUUGCCUCCUUUUUUGGGGGCUCGAACCCCUUCGACAUGUUCUUCAAUUCAGGACGUUCCAGGGGCAACACCAACGGCUUCGGGGACCAUGAGAUCGACAUCGAGGUGGAAGGGGACGACGACCCCUUCAGCGCCUUCAGCCGCUUCGGCUUCAAUGGCAUUAACGGCUUCCACCACGGCAGCGGCGGCGGAGCCGGGCGGAGGCACCACGCAGAGGCGCUGCACGGCCGGCGCAAACUGCAGGACCCACCGGUGGUGCACGAGCUGCGCGUCUCCCUGGAGGAGGUCUUCCACGGCUGCACCAAGCGCAUGAAGAUCACCCGCCGACGCCUCAACCCCGACGGCCGCACCCUGCGCACCGAGGACAAGAUCCUCAACAUCGUCAUCAAGAGGGGCUGGAAGGAGGGCACCAAGAUCACCUUCCCCAAGGAGGGCGACGAGACCUCCGAGAACAUCCCCGCCGACAUCGCCUUCGUCCUCAAAGACAAGGGACACCCCCACUUCAAGAGGGAUGGCUCCAAUAUCAUCUACACCGUCAAGAUCAGUCUGAAGGAGGCUCUAUGUGGGUGCACAGUGAACAUUCCUACCAUCGACAACAGAAUGAUUCCCCUUCCUUGCAGUGAUGUCAUCAAGCCGGGUACAGUCAAGAGACUGAGGGGGGAGGGGUUGCCAUUUCCAAAGAGCCCCUUGCAGCGCGGCGACUUGAUAGUUGAGUUCCAGGUGCGCUUUCCUGACAGGAUACCCCCACAGUCUAGAGAAAUCAUCAAACAGAACCUCCCUGUGUCUUAGGACCACAGGUGGACUGUGGAAAUCGGGGAGAUCACAGGGAUCAAUUUUUAUUUAUUUAU